AUGAGUGCUGCUUAUUUUGAUCAAUUUAAAGUAGUGGAUUUGAUCGCCGUCACUAACUCGUCAAUGAUGAUGAUGUUGGCUGUGGCUGUAGCUCUGAUAUUGUUAAAGGGAGACCGAUUAAUCCCUAACCGAUGGCAAGCAAUCAUGGAGUUAAUUUAUGAUCACUUCCACGGGUUAGUAAAAGAUAAUUCGGGGACCCAGUACUUCCCCUUUGUUUUUUCCCUCUUUAUUUUUAUAGUAUUCUUAAAUAUUUUAGGCUUAUUUCCCUAUGUCUUUACCGUAACAGUUCAUGUAGUCGUUACGUUAGGUUUGUCAUUUUCAAUUGUAAUUGGUGUAACUUUAGCUGGACUCUGAAAGUUCAAGUGGAACUUUUUAAGCAUUCUAAUGCCGGCCGGGGCUCCUUUAGGAUUGGCCCCCCUUUUGGUAAUAAUUGAAACAGUAAGCUAUAUAUCUAGGGCUAUCUCUUUGGGGGUCCGUCUCGCCGCAAACUUAUCAGCUGGCCAUUUAUUAUUUGCCAUUUUAGCUGGGUUUGGUUUUAAUAUGUUAACUACGGCGGGAGUUUUAAAUAUUUUUCCUGUUUUAAUUAUGGUUUUUAUAAGUUUACUAGAGGCCGCGGUGGCGGUUAUUCAAGCCUAUGUAUUUUCUUUAUUAACUACUAUUUAUUUGGCCGAUACCAUUGUUUUACACUAA